AUGGAGUUUGAUCGCAAUAAAGUUGGACGAGUGGUAAAAGAAGAUAGAUUGAGCAGCUUACCAGAUGAGCUUAUUCAUAAUAUCCUGUCUUGUUUUGACAUGAAAUUUGCUGUUCAAACAUGUUUGUUGUCAUCGAGAUGGAAGCUUCUAUGGACAUCAAUGCCGUGUCUCAACUUCGCAAGUUGGCGGUUUACUUCUUUACCAAAGUUUGCCAAAUUUGUGAAUCAUGUUUUGUCUCAUCACAACCAUCAAGUUGAAGUAUCUACUGUAAAGCUACAUUUCACUGGAGCAGCAAGUCAGGUUUUUGUAAGAAAGAUUGCAAAAUAUGCAUUCUCUCACAAUGUCCAACAACUAACUAUCACUAGUUGUCCCAAAUACCGCCUUAAAAGUUACCAUCCUUCCCUAUUCAGCUCUCACUCCCUUAAACAUUUCACGUUGACAUGCCAUUAUAUGCAACUUUGCACUACAACUAAAGCACCUCUGGAUUUUCCAGCAUUAACAACUCUGAGUCUCAGUGAGAUUGUAUUGUGUAGUGAUCUUUUCUCCAAGUGUGUAAACUUAAAGGAUCUCACUUUAGAAUAUUUCUCUGUCAAGGAUGUGGAAGUAUUUGACAUCAUUACCCCUCGACUUUCUAGUCUCAGGCUUGCCCAUGGCAGCAAUUGUUCAGCAGACAUCAAUCUGAUUGCCCCUCAACUUGAGAAACUCACUGUAAUUUUUUGCUCAUUCAAGUGCUUGAAUGCUCCACGAGGACUUUCAUCUUUGGACUACUGGGGUGAUUUGCCCCUGCAAUUGUGUAAAGAUGGAUUUUACUCUCUAAACAAAGUGUCUAUCUUUUUUAAUUGUUUUGAUUUGCGAUAUAAAGAGGAAGAUGCAAUCAAGACUAUUAAAAUUCUUCAAGAGCUCCAUAGUGCCAGAUAUCUUACACUUAACGUGGACAUUGUUAAGUGUAUUUCCUCAUUUCCGGAUUUGUUGUUGCACCAUCCAUCACCUUUUAGCAACUUAAUCAGCUUGACCAUAGAUUACCGAUUGAAUAGGGAUGGAAAAGAAAUAUCUACGGAAGCUAGAAACUUCUUGCUUGAGAACUCUCCAAGUGCCGCUUUAAUCAUGAAAUCACCCUGAGGGAUUGCUAUUAUCAGAAUGAUACACUCAUAACAAUACUUUCCAUGUGUCAAGUUUAUAUUUGUUUAUAGCUUUUAACUGUUCAUUACUUGCAACUUUGUUCAUUUUAUGUAGUCUUUGGC